AUGACGGAAGAGGAGCAUUACACAGAUGUUGACAUAUCGGAUAUAAUUGACGAUAGCGAACAAUAUUUGCAACCGACUGAAUAUCAUAACACUGAGCUAUCUGAAGCCUCUGAGAAUAUUAUCCCAACUGAAGAUUCUGAGAUUUUGAAUGCCGAAGAUCAAGUUUCAAUAGAAAAAAAACCUGCGAAUGUAGCUAGCAAAAGUGAGGUUAUACGUUCAACACGGUUGCCCAUGGCGAGGAUAAAAAACAUUAUGAAAAUGGAUCCUGAUGUUAGCGUGUUAUCUGGUGACGCAGUUUUUUUAGUUACAAAGGCCACCGAACUAUUUCUAGAAACUUUAGCAAAAGAGACAUAUUCAUAUACAAUAACAAACAAAAGGAAAACUAUCAAUAAGAAGGAUCUGGAUUUAAUCAUCAACAAAGUUGACUGUUUAUGUUUUUUAGAAGGAGGAUUAGACUUUUAG